AUGCUCCGUCCGGGAUUCGCGGCGGCGGGCGCGGCGGGCGCGGCGUGGGCUAGCGAUCCCGCGGAGUGGCGAAAUGCGACGGCGGAGACGGCGGAGGGGGCGGCGGGCGGGACCGCAGUGGGGCGGGGCGCAUUGCAGGAUGCGUGGACAUAUGACGUGGCAAGCAAUGAGAGGUGGCUUUCUCAGGAGAAGGCUCGGCUUCUGACCAUGGUGCAGGUGGGGAGUGAAGGAGGGAGAGGAAAGAGGGAAUGGGAUGAGGAGGGAUGGGAAUGGGAGCAAGGGGAUGGGAUGAGGAAGAGAAGGUGGGAGAUGAAGGGGGCGUGGAAGGCGAGGUCUGCUGUUGACACGUGGCAGCUGGCAAUGGGAGGAGAGAGGCCCGUCGCUCUACCGCCUCGUGGGGGUCAUGAGUUGGUUCAACUCCAAAUCCCCAAUCUCCUCUUAUCCGUCGUUUUUUCUACUCUACCACCUCCUCCCCGCCCCUUCCAGAUUGCUCCUCGCCAUCCGAACGGCACGCCUGCCGCCCGAGCGGAUGGGUACUGGCCGGCGUACAUCGUCCGGGCGGGGCAGAGCACAGCGAUGGAGGUGACUGUUGAGAUUCGGGCGGCAGACUCAGAUUCAGAUUCAGGGGAGACAGCACCCCUUUCCCACCUCAAGGUACAGCCACUAGUAGAGCGAGCGCUGCUGCGUCCCAUGAGUGUGGGCAGGGAGCAUCAUCAGCAGCCCAUGCCUCACACAUUCCGCAUUUUAUCACUCCCCUCCUGCGCUCCCUCCUUCACUCUUCUCUACCAACCAACCCCCUCCCUUCGCACCACACACACCCCUCUCCUCGCGUUCCGCCCACCAGGCGGCCAGGCUGGACGUGCAUUACCAGGCGUACGGGCCACAUGGCAGCCUGCCAUUGGUGCAGCACGUCAUCCUGCCCCUCGCCUUCCCCCCCUGCCCGCCCCCAUCCGCUCCCCACGCCCCUACCUGGCGCAGGUGCGUCCUCGCACCUACUCGCCCACUCCCAUGCUCCUCCCCUCUCCUUCUCCCAUCCACACUCCCGCCUGCUCCACACCUCCACAAUGGCCUUCUCCCCCUGCCCGCCUCCAUCUGCUUCUCUUCUCACGACCUACCUGGCGCAAAUACGUUCCUUUGUGGGCCUCGCCCCUGCUUGCGCGCGCCCCUACUCCCCCUCGCCCUUAUCACCUUCGGCUCUACUCGCCCUCGCGCCUGCUCCUCCCCUCCUGCCCUCCAUCUGCACCGCAUUCACUGCUGCUCCACACCACACCGUCACAAUCCCCCUCCUCCUCCCCCCACCAUGCCGGCAGCAUAGCAGCGGGCAUAUCAGUGCUGGCCGUCCCAACGCACCUGCUGUGCCACCUCGACGACCCGCUCCUCGUGCUGCGCCACUACGCAGCACCAUAUUUGCAACCAGGCGACGUGGUGACACUUGGCGAGACGCCAUUGGCCAUCAUGCAGGGCGGCUUCCGCCACCCAGACUCCGUGCCCCCGGGCCUCGUCGCUCGCUUGGCCUGCCUCUGCUUCCUGCCCAAAUCCUCUCUCUCCACGGCUUGUGGCAUGCAGGUGAACGGGGAGGGAGUGGUGGGGGUGGGGCUGUGUGUGCUUGUCGACUUGGUGGGGGUGGUGCGCGUGAUACUCGCGGUGAUAGUGGCGGUGCUGGCACGAGUGCUGCUGGGGCAGAGGGGUGUGUUCUACCAGCUGGCAGGGUACCAGGCGCGGCUCAUUGACGACAUCACCGGGACUCUCCCGCCGUAUGACCAGUUUAUCGCCCUCGGGCCUGUGGGUACCCUCUCCCUCGGGCCUGUGGGUACCCUCUCCCUUGGGCCUGUGGGUACCCUCUCCCUUGGGCCUGUGGGUACCCUCUCCCUUGGGCCUGUGGGUACCCUCUCCCUUGGGCCUGUGGGUACCCUCUCCCUUGGGCCUGUGGGUACCCUCUCCCUUGGGCCUGUGGGUACCCUCUCCCUUGGGCCUGUGGGUACCCUCUCCCUUGGGCCUGUGGGUACCCUCUCCCUUGGGCCUGUGGGUACCCUCUCCCUUGGGCCUGUGGGUACCCUCUCCCUUGGGCCUGUGGGUACCCUCUCCCUUGGGCCUGUGGGUACCCUCUCCCUUGGGCCUGUGGGUACCCUCUCCCUUGGGCCUGUGGGUACCCUCUCCCUUGGGCCUGUGGGUACCCUCUCCCUUGGGCCUGUGGGUACCCUCUCCCUUGGGCCUGUGGGUACCCUCUCCCUUGGGCCUGUGGGUACCCUCUCCCUUGGGCCUGUGGGUACCCUCUCCCUUGGGCCUGUGGGUACCCUCUCCCUUGGGCCUGUGGGUACCCUCUCCCUUGGGCCUGUGGGUACCCUCUCCCUUGGGCCUGUGGGUACCCUCUCCCUUGGGCCUGUGGGUACCCUCUCCCUUGGGCCUGUGGGUACCCUCUCCCUUGGGCCUGUGGGUACCCUCUCCCUUGGGCCUGUGGGUACCCUCUCCCUUGGGCCUGUGGGUACCCUCUCCCUUGGGCCUGUGGGUACCCUCUCCCUCUCUUGCCGUAUAUGUGCCCCAUGUAUGCCCGCUUCCUCUCUUCCUCUCUCGUCCGUCUCCUCUCCGCUUUCCACUCUCCCCGUCGUAUGA